GGAGGGUCCGGGCGGCCACGAGGGCUUUGGGGACACACGCCAGGGUGGGUGUCGCCCCCCCCCUCCGACCCCAGUGUCUCCACCAGCCGGAACAGACUGGGGCUCUGGCCGAUCAGCCCCCCUUCGAGCCGGGCAAGGGUCGCCUCUCGCGUGGGCAGUGAGCGCGAUAGACGCGCGAGGACUUGAGGCCCGGAGGAAGGGGACUUGGGUUUCUGGUGGCUGCGAGGCCGGGGGAGGGCGCCCUAACUGCUGGGGUCCGGAUCCCGGGCACCUCCCCCAGAGGUCCCUUUCCCCAGUCCCGGUGCGAGGCGCCCCGCCCCCUCCCUGAACCACCUCGGCCGAGCUUUUCCUCUACCUCCCUCCUGGGGCCCCACCAAAGUUUGGCUCUAGGGAAGGAGGGAGUGGCCACUCGGUCACUGGGGUGCCUGAUCCUUUGACCUGGGCUCCGGGGGAAGAAGCACGGGUGGAGGGGGUAGACUGGGAGCGCGGGGAGGUUUAGCAUGCUUUCUCCUUUCACCAGCAGUGGCCAAGGGGUCUGAUGAGCUGGCCCUUUUUCCACGGGGGAGGGGGGCAAAUGGAAGCGGCUACUCUUUCUUCUCUGAGCCCUGGCGCGGCUAGCUCUGAAAGCUGGGGAACCCUUGGCCUGCAGACACCCCGCGCCCUUCCUGUCUCCCAGGGGCGUCUAGGCAAGCCCCCUCUUUUCCCUCCCCCACUCCCUGGGUCUACCCAAAAUUGCUCUGCUUGGCUCGAGCGAGGAGGAGGGCGUGUAUGUGUGAAUUUAAAUGUUUAAGUAUAUACAGGUGUUAUCUCGAGUUUUCCCAGAGUCUUUUGUCUCUCAGAGCCCCCAGCCUUGCUCCCGCCAUCCCCCAUGCUGCCUCGGUCUCUCUUGGGCUCCCUCUCGCUGAGGGAGGGGCUUCUCUUAGCCAGCUCUCACGGUCCUGGGCCUCCCGCUCUGGACUUCUUGCAGUUGUACUGUUCCUGAAACUCAUGACAACACUCCCCCACCCCCCACCCCGCCGACACACAUCCCUAUCCCUGCUCCAAGGUGUGUUAUUACUGUAAUCGGAGGAGCAUAAAGCCAGCUCUGUUGCAGCGUUUUGGUGGAGAGGUUUUCCCAGGGGUUCCCCUGGUUUAAGGCUGGGGUUUGUGCACUUAGAGCUGUGUUCAGAAUGUGAGCAGGAAACAGACGCUACGAUCCAGUCCGGCUGUCGCCUGAUUCUGUUCAAGUUGAAGUAUUGGGAGGGUGACACUUCCCAAGUCUCCUCAGUCCUAACCCCUGGCAUCAUGCAUCGGACCACACGGAUUAAAAUCACAGAGCUGAAUCCUCACCUCAUGUGUGCCCUCUGUGGGGGCUAUUUCAUCGACGCCACCACCAUUGUGGAGUGCUUGCAUUCCUUCUGCAAAACCUGCAUCGUGCGCUACUUGGAGACCAACAAAUAUUGCCCCAUGUGUGACGUCCAGGUCCAUAAAACCCGACCACUGCUGAGCAUCAGGUCAGACAAAACCCUCCAGGACAUUGUCUACAAGUUGGUGCCUGGGCUUUUUAAAGAUGAGAUGAAACGGCGGCGGGACUUCUAUGCAGCAUACCCCCUGACGGAGGGUCCUCAGCCCCUUGCUCUAUCUCUGACCAACCCCUCUGAGCUGUCUCCCUCUACAGUCCCCAAUGGCUCCAACGAGGACCGGGGCGAGGUCCUAGAGCAGGAGAAGGGGGCUCUGGGCGAUGAUGAGAUUGUCAGUCUUUCCAUUGAGUUCUACGAAGGAGUCAGGGACCGAGAGGAGAAGAAGAGCCUCCUGGAGAAUGGGGAUGGGGACAAGGAGAAGACAGGGGUGCGUUUCCUGCGAUGUCCAGCAGCCAUGACGGUCAUGCACCUUGCAAAGUUCCUCCGCAACAAAAUGGAUGUACCCAGCAAGUACAAGGUGGAGAUCCUCUAUGAAGAUGAGCCCCUGAAGGAAUAUUACACCCUCAUGGACAUUGCCUACAUCUACCCCUGGCGGAGGAAUGGACCUCUCCCCCUGAAGUACCGUGUCCAGCCAGCCUGCAAGCGGCUCACCCUGCCCACAGUGCCCACUCCUUCAGAGGGCACCAACACCAGCGGAGCAUCAGAGUAUUCAGGCUAUGGGGAGACCCCGGCCCUGCCAAGUCUAUGUGUGACUCUCCUCCUGACCCACACUAGCAAGAUGGAGGUGACACUCACUGGGGCCGAGAGUGGAGGGUUAGGAUGGGUAAGCCCGGACAAGCACAGACUCCAGUCUGCUUCCCCAACCCUAGCUGAGGCCGAGCAGGGACAAGGCACAGGCAUGCAGAAGCACAAGAAAAUAAAGUGUAAGCUAACCCCCACUCUACCUAGUGGACCACCUAUUAGGGGCAGACCUUGCCUACCUGGUUUUCCUUAAGUGUACAUAGAUGGAUGGGGGGGCAGGGGGAGGGGGAGGACCAGGGUAUUGGCUCAGGUAUGUGAGGUCCUGAGCCCGUGGGUCUGUUUGCACCAUGUCCCGAGUCUGAGGUCCUGUGACUGUACCCUCCUGUCCUGGUCAUUUGUAUCUCUUGGUUUUGUAAUAAACGCUGCAUACUCUC